GCGCCAUUAACGACACCAUACAUUGUUUUCCGUUGUCAAGUUACGAUUUCAUCUUUCAAGACCCGAGAUCAAGAUGAAAUAGACACUUUAUUUCAUCAUCGGAAACAGAAUACAUUAUAGAAUUGUCUCCAUAAGCAGUGAAGAUGGUUGAUUCUUUAGGUGCCAUCACGUUUUGGGGAUUUAGCUCGGCGUUAGAUCUCCAGGACAAAGAUCUGGUAUCAAGAAUCAAAGACGUAAGUGUAAAUGAUGGAGCUGAUGAUGCCAUUCAAAUCCUUCUGAUUGGUAGUGGUGAUAUACGACAUCUACUUACAACAGUAGCUAGAGCAUGGAGACACAGGAAGAGAAAACUGAAGUUCUUCAUCAUCGAAGGAAACCUGGAGCUUUACAUCCGUCAGCUCCUUCUUCUCCACCUAAUCCUGGAGCCACCCAAGGAUAUGGGUCUGCAGGAGAAGACUGAAUUCUUCCUGGAGAUCUACGGCAAUACUCUGAUCAGGCAACAAGUCUUUGAUUACAUUGUAUCAAGGAGCAAUCAACUACUAAGGAUGGUAACGGAUGCUGAUUACCUCGCUGAAAGAAUGCCAUCAGUUCAUCUCUCCGCACUCAAGUUUAAAGAGAGAGACCAAAUGGAAGUAAUCUUGAAAUUCUUGAGGAAUCCUGAUCUAAGGACGGCUGAUAUUGCAAAAUUUUGGGAUAACAGAUUACGCAAACAUCUUGAGGUACGCUAUGACUCCCGCAAAGGAGCGUAUGACUGGGACUACAGCAUGAAGCUCGGGGACAGAGGUAAAGGUGUGUUGAAUAACAGAGAGUAUGCCUAUUGGAGAGAGACCGGGAUAGCAUUUGGACUCCGUGAAGCAGAUUAUAACAUUCAGAAUAGAACAUUGAUUUCGGGUCUUAUCAUCAGAAAGGGAGGUGAUCGUAUAGCUGAGAGGGGAUACUGGGGGGAUGUAGUCUGUAGUCCAUACCUCAGCUAUGGCAUUGAAUGUGAGGAAGAUAGUUUCUUCAAGAAAUCAAAUGGUCUGUACACUAAGACUAGUCAAGAGGUUGCUGUGUACAAUAUUCUUUCACUCCUACAUGAGCUGACACACAAAGAGAGAUAUGUGAUGCCAGUCCCUAAACCAUCUGAAGAGAAGAAAGAAGAAAGUAAACUGGUAGAAAUCACAGAAGAAGAUGAAGAGGAGGAGGAAGAAGAGAAGGAAGAUGAUGGAAAGGAGGUGGAAGUCGAAGAUGGGAAAGCAGAAACUGAAACUGCUGAAUUGAUGUCCUUGGAUGAUGUUGAAAUCCAUUAUCUACCGAUUGGUUCAGCACCUGACCUUCAGAAGAAGAGCAAGUAUAAGAGAGCUUUUGAUGUCAUCUACUUCUCAAACAGUAUGGUUCAUCACCUGACCCCUGAGAUGUCAGCGGUGUUUUCAGACAAGGCUACUAUUAUCUGUGAGACAGCUAGAUACAUGUUAGAACUCAAAAAAGAACAAUGUCAGGAGUUUGUUAACAAGGUUACAGCCAUGGCCAAGAAUGCUGGUUGCCAGGCAUCCAACCCAGUAGAUAGUUUUACAUGCUCUACAAUGAGGUUCACCUUUGAGAGGAAAGGAGACUCAUGACACGCACCACUAUGAGGAGGAGGAUGCAAGAAACCUCUUUUUCAAUUAAUUGCAAGUAUCUAUCACAACUUUGCCAUUGAUUUACAUCUGAGAGGAAAUUAGAGUCAUGAUCCUGCCCUGAGAGGGUGCUGCAAGAAUUUAUUUUUCCAGUAAUUUGUGAAUAUGGAUUACAACUUUGCAAUUAGGAGGAUUCACAAUACGAUGUUCCACCUAUCAGUUGCAGCGGACAUGCCAAUUUCUAACGUCAGGGUCGACAUUGCAGGUGCAGGCAGCGCAUUGUGCUAGUACACUGUAAUUUGACUGUGUGUGUAUGUUGCUUUACAGAUGAAAACCAUGGCAAAAGCAGAGGAAGAAUUCAGCUUAAAUUUUUGAAAGAAAUAUGUGUCAACUUUCUCUCACCUCCUGGACCCUGGUUGACAGCAUAUGCAAGCCGACUGAGUCGCAAGCCAGCCAGCAUGCGCACCAAAAUUGCAUGCAUGCAGCACAGGUCACAGAGAUUAAUUUCAAUGUUGACUUUUUCCCCAUGAAGCAUUGUGAGUUUCGGUCUGUCUGCUGCAACCGAUAGGUGGCACACCGAACACCAAACUGAUGUAUUGGAUUUUGCUAUUAUUAAUCUACACUCUCUUUGAUACAUCAAGCAGAGCAGCAUUCAAUCACAGUUUGUAUCUAAUAAGAAUUAUGAUUGAUUAUGAGAGGUCAGUUUACUUGGAUUGGUUGCAGGUUUUUUUUGCAGUGCUCCGUAUGAUCCAGGGUUAGGUUCCUCUACCAUGGAUCAUAUCAUCCGCCCGGGGGGGCCAGUCAAAUGUAUUGCUGUACACACGCGUGGCCAAAUUAUUUCCAAACACCCCCUGAACGAGUUUUUCUCUGUGUGCAAAAUAACCCCCUAAACAAGUUUUUUGUGGGCUCUAUUUACACAUUUUGGCCCCUAAACAAGUUGUCGCCAGAAUAUGACCCCGGGGAAAAAAAACAUACCCUCACCACGCUAGUCUUAAAAAAAAAAACUUUGGAAAAAAAUACCCUAAAUACGUUUGACCCUACGAUUGAUCAUUGGCCAGUCUUUCAAAACUACCCCUUUUUCUUAAAAAUUAGUGUUUUUGAUACCCUUAACGAGUGCAUGCGCGGCCCGUGGCCAAAACUGAAAAAACACCCCUUUAAACACGUUUUUUUGGUCACGCGUGUGUACAGCUAUAUAUUUGACUGCCCCCCCACCUCCCGGAUUAUCCGUCCAGUAAGCUAUGCAUUCCACAGAUCAUCUUUACGUCCAGUCAUUCUAAUCUAGGUGGUGUCAUUAUAUAUGGACUCACUAAAGAUUUUGAUUAUUUUUUAAAUGCCAAUGCACAUUCCAAUUGUACAAUAAGUUAUUUUUCAUUUGAUAACAUUUUUAUCAGGAAGUGCUUAAUACUUUUUUCAUUCAUAAAGUUGUCUAGGUUUUACUUUCAAAACUAAUCAAACUUUUCCCUUUUGGAACAAACUUGUUAUCCACCAACAAAAGCAGAAGGGGCAUAUAGGAAUAGUGGGGGUGCCGUGGUCUAGUGAUUUUGACUGAUUUUUCGAUCAGAGGGACGAGGGUUUGAUUCCAAGAAAUUUAUCCACGUUGCGCUGUACUCAACCCAGGUGAGGUGAAUAGGUACCUGGUAGGAAAUUCUUUGAAAUACAGCGCGUAUAACAGCUGCUCUGCUAAAGCCAGGGUAACUAUGCUGCAUUACUGUAGAGCGCUUAUAGACUAAUGAUAAAGUAAGUCAGUUAGUUGGUUUGCCUGCCAACAAAUUCUUACAUCAAAAUUUUUUCAUCAGAGUUAAGCUGAACUCAUGAAAUUUAGCAACCAUAUUUAUGUUAUGAUGGAUCCUCGGGUAUUACAACCAUCAUUGUUACCUUAUGAAGAAAUUUUGUUACCAUAUUUUUCCAGACGUCUAUGUAAAGUGCAUUUCUCAUGGUUGCUUUUGAAGCUGAGGUUAGACUAUCAGAUGGGUUUUGAAAUCAGUAAUUAUUAUUACUUACACUGCAUUUUCCCCAUUAUUCAAAUUUUUAUCAAAGUAAAUGCAGCACAUUCUUAGACAAAAUUCUCCUUUUUUAGUGUGGGAAUAUACAUUAUGUGUGGGAAAAUAUGCUGCUAUGGGUAACAUUUUGGCAAUGAAUCAGAAUGAAAUAUUGUGUUUAGUACUAUCUUGUCACACAUCUAAACAAUUAAAUUUGGCAAAAGGCAUACAUCCUUUGAUGAAGAUAAACAAGACAUGUAUGGUAUAAAGUGCAUUGCUAUGUUAAAGUCAUCACAUUACAGGGAAAACAACACCACUUCCUUAUUAUUGCUAUUAAAUAAUGAUCAUGGAAUGGGUGAGGGUUUAGAUCAACAUCAGAGAUACUUGUCAGGCAAUUCUAUAAAGUAUUUACAUGUCUGACCCUGUGUAUGUGGAACUUUAAAAAGUACUUACUGUUGUCUCCAUAUUCCAGCUUGUACGAUAAAUUGUAUCACUUUCAGUUAGUGAGAAUGAGUAAAAUUGAGGCCAGAUGUAUUUAUGUAAUUAAUAUAUUGUUUUCAUUACCUUGUUUUCAAACCUGCCAGUUACAAUGUCAUUAGUGUAAGUUCAAUGGAAUCCUUCAUUUUGAUUAGCUGUUGAGCAUUGUUAACAUAAUUGUAACUUUUAUGCAAUGUGGUCCUUAAUAAUAUUUCUUUAUUUCUACAAGUAUCUAGUAAUUUUACAAGUCCUUUAGAAGCGCAUAGAGAGUUUAGAUACCAUGAGGUAUGCCUUACAAGGGUGGAAUGUAUGAUAUUAAUAUCAUUUAUCAAAUAUUAGAUGCCUGUAGAAUAACAUGAAAUAUUAUAUGUUGUAUCUUUGAACUAACAAAGAUAUAAUGUUCUUGAAUGUUUUGUAUGGGAAAGAACAACACUAGUACACAAAAUCAGGAAUUAUCUUUUGAAUGAUAGCCCAUUCAUUAGGAUAAUAGAAAUCAUUCUUUAUUGAUAAUGUCAUCAGUAAAAAUGUAUACAAUUUAUUAUACAUUCUGCAAUGAAAGUCAUGCAUAAUAUAUCAACAAUCUGUACACUUGGCAUGCAUAAUCAUCUUUCAGCCAUAGACAUUGUUAACCCAUUGACUGGUUGAUCCAUGUAUAAAGUGUAUGGAAUUACAGAAACCAGUAGUCAAUGAGUUAAAAGGUGCAUUAAUGUCCUUCUUCAGCUGACAGCGUGAUAGUACUUUUAAUGUUAGAAAGGAGCUAAGUAGAUGGUCUGAAAUUUUUAAGGAUUUUUUUUUUGUAUUCAAGUUUAUUUCUGUCAGAAUCCGAAUUAUUAGUGAUAUUUUAACAUAACUCACACUUAUUAGCAGUCAGCUAAUAGUUACUUAUUUGUUUAAAACUUCAUCAUGUAUUCACACUUAUAGAAUUGUCAAGAUUCUUGGAGUUUUUAACACACAUGUUUGAUAUCACAUAUGGAUACAUGUAAGUAUGAAACAUUUGGUUGUCCAAUCCUAAGGUUUGAUUUCCCACUGUAAACUGAUAGCUGAAUGAAAUUUUACAUAUUUAAUAAAUUUGGUAUAAAGUGCCAACUAA